AAUAAAAUAUAAAAGAUUAACAGUAGUGUUAAAAUCAUUUUAUGUGCGUACCUAGAUUUGGUUUGUUAUCAACAAUGAAACUUGUUGUUUGUGUUAAAAAAAACACAACUGCCCUCUGUAUUGAAUGUCAUUCUUGAAAUAUUUUUAUGCUUUAGAUUACGAAUUAUCGUUUCACUUAUUUAUGGUGAAAAUUUGUCAGUUUUAGAAUUGUGAUGGAUGAUAAUGUUGAAGAUAAAAUAAUAUAUCAAGUUUAUUUAACACAUAUGAAGUUAUUAUCAUCAAAAUUGACAUCAGCUAAAAACAAAGUUAAUUCAUUUUACAACAUGUGGAAGUAUAUGCAGUUUUACAUAGUCAAACCAGAAGUUAUAAUUUUUCUAGCAUUACUGCUAUGUUUACUUCUCUUUUCUGGAAAUUUAUUUCAAAGCACUAAUGGAUUUUUUAAAAAAAUUAAUAGAAAUUUGUCCUUUAUUGGUUUUAAUAAUUUCCAACAAUUAAUGGUUGAUGAAAAAAAUGCACUAAGUAAGAACUGGAAAUUUGAAGGUAAAAAUGUAGCUUUGUAUGCCAUUAAAGGUAGACGAUCUCAAAUGGAAGAUAGAUGUGUCAUUAAAACUAAUAUUAUGGACACAGGCAUUUCAUUAUUUGCUGUUUUUGAUGGACAUGGGGGUGAAUUUGCUGCAGAUUAUGCAACUACACAUUUAAUGAAAAAUCUAAUUAAUAAGGUAGUUGAAGUAAAAAAAUUACAUGAUAAAAAUCCUGAUACAGCUUAUGAAACCAAAAUAGCAACUUCAAAUACGCCAGACAAUCUAACACCUCAGAUGAAAACAAAAUUAAAAAAAAUAGAAACAUUUUCACUAACAAAAAUAAAACCAAUCACCUCCACUGAUGAUAGUGCAAUCCAUCAUAAUAAACAUAAACAAGAUACAUUAAGCUUAAAAAAAGAUAUAACUUCUUCAAAAAAUGUUGAAGAUGUAACAAUAAAUCCUUCGUCAUAUUUACAAAAAGGUGGAGGUAUUAAUUUUUCUAAGUUAUUAAUUGAUGAAGUUCUAGCUGCUGACAAACUAUUAAUCGAAGCAGCAAAAUUAACUUAUGAUAUAGCAGGAAGCACAGCACUUAUCGUUUUGAUAGAAGGCAAUACAUUAUUUGUUGCGAAUGUUGGAGACUCAAGAGGUGUAAUGUGUGAUAAGAAAGGAAAUGCUAUACCAAUAUCAUUUGAUCAUAAACCACAACAAAUGCGAGAAAAAAAACGAAUAGCAGAAGCUGGUGGGUUUAUAUCCUUUAAUGGCGUUUGGAGAGUUGCUGGAGUAUUGGCUACAUCUAGAGCACUUGGAGAUUAUCCAUUAAAAGAAAAACAUUUUGUUAUUGCCAAUCCAGAUGUAUUAACUUUUGAUUUGUCUCAUCAUGAUCCACAAUUUAUAAUUCUUGCAUCUGAUGGCUUAUGGGAUACAUAUACCAAUGAAGAAGCUAUUGAUUGUAUUAAAAACCAUAUCGAUGAUUCAUUUUAUGGAGCACAGUAUUUAACAAUACAGUCAUUUAAUAGAGGAUCUUUAGAUAAUAUAACUGUACUAAUCAUUAAAUUUCCGCCUAUUUGGAGUAAAGAAUCACAAACAGUAAACAAUGGUGGAAGUGAAUAAUUUUUUAUAGUUACAAAAGUAAGCUUAUUUAACAAUUUAGGAAUUUUUUUUUUGUAAGUUUUUCUACUUUUAAAACUAAUUUAACAUUUUAUAUGUUAGAAGUAUACCUACCUACAUUAACAUUCUGUGAAAUAAUUUAAUGAUAAUGUUCAGUUUAUAAUUGUUGUAUUUUUGUUUAUUGUUUCAUGUCAUUUUCAUUAAUUUUAUAAAUAUAUUGUUUUCUUAAACCUUAUAACUAGAAUACAAAUUUUGAAGGGAUUUGUGUUUUUUUUUAUUUUACUAUUGCUUUAAAACGAAGUCAUGUCAGCUACAUAUUCAAUGUAUACUAUUUAGAAUAAAAUGCACGACAUUUU